UAGAGGCAAGGGAAGCCGCCGGCUUUGCAGCGAACGCCGACUUCUUUCGCCGUGCCGCCGAGCCGGACCGGUUCUGCCCAGUCAGCGGUGCCGCGAUAGUGCGUUAUGGAUCAUCCCGUGCAGACAGAGGUGUGGAAAGCACAGACGCUGGAGGAGCUGAUCCAAAUCCUGCAUCGGUUGUUCGCGGGCGAUAAGGUCAAUGUGGCAGAAGUGCAAAGCCUAAUGGAAUCCUACGAGAGCAACCCGGAGGAAUGGACCAGAUAUGCCCAGUUUGACCAGUUCAGAUACACAAGAAAUCUUGUGGAUAAAGGAAAUGGAAAGUUCAAUCUGAUGAUCUUAUGCUGGGGAGAAGGUCAUGGCAGCAGUAUCCAUGAUCACACAGAUUCACACUGUUUAAUGAAGAUCCUUCAAGGAAAUCUAAAGGAAACACUGUUUGAUUGGCCUAACAAAAAGGGGGCUGGGGAGAUGCUGAAGAAAUCGGAAACGGUUUUGAGAGAAAAUCAGUGUGCCUAUAUUAACGAUUCCAUUGGCUUGCAUCGUGUGGAGAACCCAAGUCAUACAGAAACAGCUGUUAGUCUCCAUCUGUACAGUCCACCUUUUGAACUCUGCCAUACCUUUGACCAAAGAACUGGACACAAGCAAAAGGUUAAAAUGACUUUCUAUAGUCAGUUUGGAGAAAGGACUCCAUAUGCAGCAACAGUUUCACAAGAGAACAACUGAGAAGCAGAAGGCUCACUAAGUUUUUUGUUUCUUCUUUUUUGGGCUGAAGGAAUGGGAUUCUCUGGUUGAUGUCAGUACUAAGCUGUGCUGGAAUAAUCUUUACUACAGUAGGACAAUUUUUGGUCAUGUAGUUAUGAGUGAACUUUAUGUCUGUCUGUCCCUUCCUUCCUUCCUUCCUUCAAUGAUAAAGGGAAUAAUGCCACAACUGCUUCAUCAAAUUUAGAUGACUUUUAUUGGUCCACUGUGAAAUCAGUCUUUUUGUUCGAUGUCUGUCUCUUAUUAAUUCCAUUUUGGAAACCAUAUGCACAAGGAUUUAGCACUUGGGAUUUCAAGUAGGACUUGAGUCUUAGAAUGCCAGUUUUAACUAACUUGUUAACCUCUGGUCAGCAUUAACUCACAGUAACACAGAGUGUACUGUAUACAGUUAAUAUAGCCUCAUUUUAUCCAGGGUUAUCUGCUGAAACUUUUAAACUUUUUGUACAUUUUAAAAUCUCAUAUGUCUCUUUGUUUUUUAAAAAUAGGAGCAAUAUUAAAUGUCUUGUACAUUGUUUCUGUUACGGUGAAAAAGUUCUGUAAAAGUUGUUUAUGAUGUUGAAUGGAAUUGGCUUCUACCUUUUCCGGUGGGUUGUAUUUUUAGGACCUGCCCAACAAGCUAAAUAAAACUAAAUUUUAA